UGUGUGUGUGUGUGUGUCUCAGUGAACUGAGUAGGAUGGAAGGUCUUCCACUGAAGAUGCCCCAGGCCAUCGUCUUACAAGAAGUCAAAGAUAAUGUCAAAGUGACAAUGCCUGAUUACCUCAGCAUAUUACGGGAAACAGUGUACGAGUUCAGCUUGGAGAACUGGGUGUUAACUGGCUUACAGAACGGCCCCACCCACCAUCAGCGGCCUCAGCCAUUCACCUCUGCAUCCGAACUUUUACCAUCUUGUCCUCCGUACUGGAUGAUGUUCAGCAGCCCACAGCAGAGUCGUCUGGCCAGCCGCCACAGUUCUGACUUUUGGGAACCAAACCCUCGACAACGCUCCUAUAGCCUCAACCCUGCUGUACUUCGCACCACCUUCACCAUCUCAGACUCGGAGGAUGAAGGAGGAAAUACUGUGCAGGAAGCCAAGGAAAACCUGACAGCUAAAGCUUGUUUGAAGGAAGAGCACCCAGCUGCUUCAUGUCAGAACGGUCAAAAAAAAGCACAGAGAGCCUUCAUCCCAGACCUGCUGAAUCCUCCGUCCUGCCUGAGCAGCCUCCCCCACAAGCGCAGGAAGAACCUUCGGCAGUGUUCUGUCUCUGGGACAGACAUGUCCAAAAAACAAGAGUCCAACACGGACAGUCAGCCUUUGAGCUCAUUCUCAUGCAAAGCUCCCAACACCAGGACCUAUACCACCGACAAAUCCACUGACAACCAUAAAACAGCAGAUAUGAUGUGUCUCAGACCAAACUGCUGCAGAGCUCACCACAGAGCCUCGCCAUGCGGGAGCCUGAGCUCUGCUCCGGACUCGUCUGUGGAGCUUCUGUCAGCUCUGAGCCCAGAGGAGAGAGAGCUGCUCAGGGUCAUCACUGGCCGGGGAUACCCCCUCCGCACUGCCAUCAUUGCCCUGCAGAGGGCAGGACAACAGACCCCAGAUCAGAUCCUGAGUUACCUGGUUGCGUGUGAGCACCUGUGUCAGCUGGGCUAUGACAUGGCUCAGGUGGAAGAAGCCCUGGAGAUGUUUCAGAACUGUGAAACAAAGGCAGAGGAGUUCCUCCUCCUCCUGACUCAGUUCAAUGAGAUGGGCUUCCAGCCACACACCGUCAAAGAAGUGCUGCUUGUCCAUGAGAAUCACAGAGAGCGGGCGCUUGAGGAGCUGAUGAUGCGUGUGGCGUGACGGCACGGCUACAUGCAGCUCGGUUCAAACUGGAGAGUGGGUUUUAGGCAGUGGGUUUUGGUUGUGUUCAGUAAUGCUGUAUUCAUGAUUUUCAUAUUAUGUUUUUGUACUAAAGCACUCCAGUUAAACUCUCAGCAUAUGUCAUAGUGAGUUUUAGGACAGUUCUAUUUUUGUCGAAGUUAUUUCAGGAAGCAUAAAAACAAAACCAUGAAUUAUUGCGUUGUAUCUAAAAGCAAAGAAGGUUCAGGUGUCAGGUGUUUUUUUAUUUAAUGAAAGGGUCAUUUGCAACAUUUCACUUUAUAUAAAAGUCAUAGACUUAAAUCAUGUGAGUUGUAUUAUUUUAGGAUUUUUAGACUUUAAACAAUGACCCAGGAGUUAUUGGCUAUAGGACAUAUUUAACUGAGCAAGCAUCAGUUCAUACCUGCUGAUACAUAUAGGAUUAUAUUAUUUACUGUAAUUUACAUUAGCAAAAUAUUUCUUAGUUAGCGGAUAGGACACCAAAGCUGACUGCACCCCAGGGCCCACACCCUUUUAAAUCCAGCCCUGGUCAUUAAUGACUUUCCACAUCUAGAGCCACAGUCAGCAGAAAAUACAAACUCCAUCAGCUCAAGAGUCAGUACAUAUGAAUGAUCUAGUUUAUACCAGCCUUUAAAAUGAUUAUUAUAGAUUAAUUAUUAUCACUACAGCAAUGAAGGGGUGCAAAAAGAAAGCUGCUUAAAUAUUUGUUCAGUAUUUUUCUCUUUGGUUUGCUGUGAUCAGUUGCUCUCCAUGCUGUCUGCAGAAUGUAGACCAAGACUGUUUUGUCAUUUCUUUGAGCACUGAACCAUUGCCACACAGCACCAAGAAAGCACCCAGGGUCAACUUUUCCAUUUUUACUUCUUUCUGUAAUAAAUAACAGUGCAGAACCUGUUCCACAUUUAGAUCUGAAUCAUUUUUUAACCUGAUAAAUACCAGAUAUCUGUCAUACGCUCUGACAUGGAAAAUCCAAACAUUGAAGCAGGGUGUACUUUCUUUUUAUCAAGGCUGUCUGUGCUGGAUGGUGUGCUCACAGAGUGUAAAUUCCCAAAUUGCUCUAAAUGCUUUCAUCUUUACUGUAAUUUAGAAUCACAACAAAAGCAUGUUCCAAUAUAAAAAAUGGCAUCUUCUGAUUAAAUAUAAUGACUUCUUUAUUUUCAUGCUUAUAUAGUAAAUCAUGUAUUUAUACAAAAUAAAUACCUGAAGAAAUACAAUGUUGUUUAUUUUAACAGACAGAAAAGUGAGGGCUUCUCUGGGAGGCUGGCGUUUAGGCAUCCCUACUGGUUGCCAGGGGAGAUUCAAGGAUUUCUCAAGCAUGCAUAAAGGAAUCAAAGCAACACCCCAAGUAUGUUUUUGAUGAGGGAAUAACGUUAUAACAUGACAUAAAACUG